UUCCCAAAUCGGGCCGGCGAUUAUCAGAGGCGGUGGUUCGAUAGGGAGAGGAGGAAACUGAAGCGAUCUCGGCCCAAUUUUGAUCAGCUCGUCUCAACGAUUAUAGGGUUUCUUGGUGUUCGACGACUGCUUGAGUUUCACGUUUUUUGGUUUUGAUUUGUUAUGGGAGAUUCCUCGGUUUCGACAAGUUCAUGGGCUGCCAUUGACUCUGCUAAUAGGUUUCCGGUGUCGAACGUUAUGGGUGAGUCCUCUGGAUCAAGCAGUUCAUUGGCUGCUAUAAAUUCGUCCAAUAUUGGGUUUCAGCUCCUAAAGAAGCAUGGCUGGAAGGAAGGCACUGGUCUUGGAAUCACUGAACAGGGUAUAUUGGUGCCUGUACAGGCAGAGCCAAAACAUAACAAACGAGGACUGGGAGCUAAACAACCAGCUAAGAGAAAACCGGCACAGCCUCAGGCUAAGGAUGAAGAAGUCUCAAAGCAGAGCAAGAAACUUUCAAAGAAAAUGCGGAAGAUGAUGGAGCACGAAAAACAUUUACAGGAAAAAGAAUUUGAACGAGCCUUCUGUAGGGAGUUCUGGCCCGAUAAUGUAUAACUAGGUUUUAUUCUUUAGUACCUGGAUGUUCCAAAAGCUUCUGUAUUUACUGCAAAUUUAGAAAUACUCUCUUCUAUUAUUGCCUUACCAAUGAAGAAAAAUAGUUAUAGAGUCA